GUACAGUGAGAUACAGUUGUACAUACUGACACUGACAGGGCGUGCGGAGAAGUGAGUAUUCUUGAUCGUUACUCCCAGGGCGCGUCGCCGACUUUUCGCCAUCUGGGUUUCUACAUAUCAACCAUAUCUACAUGCACAGCUAUGAUUCUUGAUUUUUCCCAUACAGUACCACCGGUAUAUCAUACGUCUUUGCUGUUAUUCCUAUUGAAUUGCAACAAACAAGUCGAGGUGAUCCGAUCUUAGCAAUUACAUCCAAGACAAAAACUGGUGCUGGGUGUUAUAAUCGGUACUCGGUUCGACUAUACCUGAGCGGUAUCUAUCCCUCUAUAUUCUCUCAAAAACGAACACAGACAUAAAACACACAAAACGCACAAAACGCACCAGAGUACGAAUAUACGAAUAAGGAUACGCAAUCAUGAUGCUCGCUGCUCAACCAGUCAUCCCCAUCACUUCUACACAGUCUGCAUCACCACCACCGCCGCCGUCUUCGGUAGCGGAAUACUCUUUCAACUCACACAUCUCAUCUCCGACAGCAGUACAAUUACGAUCGAGAUCAGCAAAUGGAGCGAAGACGACAAAACAAUCAUUCAAGAUCCGACAGGCGACAAUCGAUGAUGCACCAGCGAUCGCCGAGCUAGGCGCAAAGGUCUUUUCGACGACCUAUGGAUUCUCCAUCCCCACGGUGGACCUAAAGGCCUAUCUCGACGUGGCGUUCAGCGAGUCCACCGUCGAAGAGUACAUCCGGAGCCCCCGAACACAUCUCAUCGUCGCCUGUGCCGGCGGGCAGGGAGAAGGCGACGGCGGCAAAAUCAUCGCGUUUGCGCAACUCGCCGAAGGCUCCAGCGAGGCCUGCAUCGAGGACCUCGAGAGCAUUGUAGAAUUGCAGAGGCUGUACGUCGACGCGGACCACCACGGGAUCGGCGUCGGCAAGGCCCUGGAGCGCGAGAUGGAGGACAUGGCGAGACUCAUGGCCUACCGCAUCCUCUGGCUCGGCGUGUGGGAGGGCAAUUUUAAGGCGCACAAGGUGUACGAGACUUUCGGGUUCACAAAGGUCGGAGAGCGCGAAUUCAAAAUGGGCAAAUGUAUUCAAACCGGUUGGAUCAUGAUCAAAGACUUGUAAGGAGCUUUUUUUCGACGAGGAAAAGAAGAGAAAAAGAUGAGGAGGGAGUCAUACAAUGUGCUGUUCUUGCGUGGUGGUGGUUUUGUUCUUUGCUGGCGCAUAUAGGGAGGAAGGAAUUGUGUAUCUGUCUGUUUGCGUAGGUUGGUUGAUUGAUCUUGGAUGAUCCAAGGGGUUUUGAGGGGGGUCUUUCUUCUUUGAAGCUACAAGGAACAGCGAGUUGUUUCUCUUCUAGCGAGUCGUGUCACAAGAGACUGACGACAAUUCAGUACUCAGUACUCAAUAACAGUCAAAAUGAACAUGAACAUGAUCA